AUGAAAUAUUAUUUUUACGUGAGAAUUGUACUACUUCUAUACGUGUGUUUGCUUUAUACAAUUGUAGAAUCCAAAAAUGUUUUGACUGAUCAAAGGCAAUUUGUGAGAGAAAGAUGCAAGCACUUGAGGGGAGUGUCUUUGCAUUUCCUUCUUUCCACUCCAUGUAAUAAUGUUGCUAGGGGUAAAUAUGCUAUAAAGAGGGAAUGGUCUUCUGUCAAAUUGAGUAACCGUGCAAAGUGCAGAAGAAAGAGGAACAAAAUGAACGUCAACUCUGGUACAACAGGUCUGCAAUAUGAAGAUGAUGGUACAUUCCAAAGGGGAAACAUCGUAUGCAAUAAAAAAAUGAAGUUAAUAAUUCAACAACUCAACAGAACCAAGUGGUAUGACUUAAAAUUCUUUUCCCCCGCAAAAGUUAAUUUAUUUUUAAGACUGAAAGAAAGAAAGGAGACGCACAAUGAAUUAUCAACUCUGAUGCAUACGAUAAAUCUAGGCGAUGAUAUUUUUAUAACUGCUCUGAGUAAGGAGGACCAAAGGAAGUUAAGUGAGCUACUAUUUCCGUGUCGAUCGGGUGAUUUCUUAACCAUACAGAAAGAUGAAGAAAACGAAGGGGAGAACAAAAAUGAGGAAAUGAAUCCAGAGAGGAAAGACGAAGACACGAGUUAUUAUUACAACCAUUACCCAUUAAAUGAUGAUAACAUAAUUGCAAAGGUGUUGAGACGAUACAGAGAAGAACUAGACAUACAGGAGGAUGUCAAAUUUUUAAUUCAUAUAGUGAAGCGCAUUCCCAUUUUUAGUGGAGUCGGUGGAGGAUCGUCUAAUGGAGCUUCCAUUUUUUAUUUCUUGGAAAAAUAUUACUACAAAUACUUAAAAACCGAUCAUUUAAGAAACGAAUUUUUAAAAACAAUAGGCAGUGACAUAUCCUUCUUUAGUAGCUCCGGUUUUGCCUACUGUACUGGCAAGGGAAAUGAUGUCAUCGAUUUAUGUGAUGCCCAGGCAACAAUUUCGGGGCGCAGAAUAUAUAUUUUUCAAAUAGGUGAAGGACUCUCGUCUAAGUUGGUCUAUCAACAUGUUGAUUAUAACCAGAUAGUGCAGUAUAACCCUGUGAGCUUGUUGAAACAGUUCGUAAUUAACGCGGAGGGGUGUAAUGCAGUCAAACACGUGGAAGAAGCAGAGCGCAAUUAUUUGAAGCAGUUCGUUCCGCUGGACGAGAAAUCUCAAAUGAAUAGUUUUAUAAACGACUUGGAACACUCUGCAUUUGUUUUGCUUAAUAAGGUGAAAUGUUUGAAGGACCUCCUCCAGAAUCAGAACAUUUUCGAUACUGUAACGAUGAGUGGAAGCGGUUCAUCGUUAUUUGCACUAACAAAGAAGAAUAUGAGUUCAGAUCAGGAGAGGAUGCACGUAAAAAAUUUGAUAAAGCAAGUUCAGGAAAAGUUACAUAUACCUGUAAAGGUUUAUUUGUGUAACGCUUUAAGGAAGAAUGAGGACCUGUGGUAUAGGCCGGGCGAACUCGCGGAGAGGUUGGCCUAA